AAUUCUCACCCUCCAAGGCGCUGCAAUCAGCCCUGCAUGACGGAAGACGAUAUCCCCCUUGCCCCGUCUGCCCCGUCUGCCCCGUCUUCAUUUUUAGAGGUAGGGUUCAGCGCCAAGACGGUUGGCUGUCCCCGCGCUUUUCGGUUGACCUGCCCCAUACGAAAUCCAUAUUUCCCACACCUGCCGUCCUUUUGGCGCUACACCUUUGGACCCUUUGUUCCCUAG